UUUCUGGUGACGCCGCAAAGGGAUCGUAAAAAUCACAGGAGAACUAUUUUGCAUUCGCGUUUUUAUGAAGAUUUGAAGAUGGGAUUACACAGAAGCGAUCACAGGGGAAUUGCUUGUUUUUUCGGAAUACAAAACUCAGUGUGAAAAGGCUUCUAAAGGGGCCAUCAGAGCCAGACACGGCGACAUGGCAAAAACCGGCAGUGAGAGAAAGCUUUUCUCCUCCAGACAGCGGCUGUCCAACACUGAUGACGAGCUCGCUGUCAUCGAAAAUGGAGAAAGCAGGGCUUCUCUGUGUGAAGAUAUCUCGGAGAGAGCGCUGUCUUCAGAUUCUCACAGAAACUCCUUCACAGGAUCCGGGGCGAUGGCCAGGCUCUCUUACUUCUUCUUCAUGCUGUGGAACUGGGCGUCUCACAGAGUUCACCCCGAGGUGGAGCGACGCGACUCAUUCCUCGACCGCUUCAGGGGCCCCGAGCUCAAAGAGACGUCGAGAGAAAGCAACGCUCAGUCUUUGGGGUCCUGUGACGUCGCCCGCAAGAGGAAUCUUGCCAUUAAGUGGCCGCUAGCUACUUACAACAUGAAUAACUGCAACAACACAGACAACAAAAAAGAGGAAAAAAAGGAGGAGAUUAAAAAAGACGAGGAGAAAAAAGACGACGAGAAGAAAGACGGAGACAAGAAGGAAGAGGAGAAGAAAGACGGAGACAAGAAGGAAGAGGAGAAGAAAGACGGAGACAAGAAGGAAGAGGAGAAGAAGGAGGAGAAGAAGGACGAGAAAAAGGAUGAUAAGAAAGUUGAGAAAAAGAAAGAAGAGCCACCGAAAGAUACCUGGAUGAUGGAUCCAGCCACAGACUUGUACUACAGGUGGCUCACAGUCAUCGCAUGCCCAGUAUUUUACAACCUGAUGAUGAUUGUAACAAGAUCCUGCUUUAAUGAGCUCCAGGACACGUACACACACCUCUGGAUCUUCUUGGACUACAGCGCUGAUAUAAUCUACUUUGGGGAUACGUUUGUCAGAUCGAGAACAGGUUACCUGGAGCAAGGCCUGCUGGUGAAAGAUUCGAAGAAACUGCGAGAAAAAUACAAAACGACGCCUCAGUUCAAAUACGACAUGAUUUCCAUGAUACCCACUGAUCUGCUGUUCCUCAAAUUCGGAUACAACAACCCGGAGUUCAGAUUCAACCGCCUCUGCAAAAUGACGAGGCUUUUUGAGUUCUUCGAGAGGACUGAAACAAGAACCAGCUUCCCGAACAUGUUCCGUAUCAGCAACCUCGUACUUUACAUCCUGACCAUUAUCCACUGGAACGCUUGCAUGUUCUUCGCCAUCUCGAAAACUAUUGGGUUUGGAACCGACACGUGGGUUUAUCCCAAUAUCAGCCACCCGGAGUACGGACGCUUGGCCAGGAAGUACAUCUACUCGCUGUACUGGUCCACGCUGACCCUCACAACCAUCGGCGAGACCCCAGCGCCCGUGAGGGACGUCGAAUUCCUCUUCGUCAUCUCAGACUUCCUCACCGGUGUGCUGAUCUUCGCUAGUAUCGUCGGUAACGUCGGAGCCAUGAUCUCCAACAUGAACGCCUCUCGCGCCGAAUUCCAGGCGAAGAUCGACUCCAUUAAGCAGUACAUGCAGUUUCGAAAGGUCAGCAAAGACCUCGAGGGAAGAGUCAUCAAGUGGUUCGACUACCUGUGGACGGAGAAGAAGACCUGCGACGAGAAGGAAGUCUUGAAGAACCUGCCGGACAAACUGAAGGCCGAGAUCGCCAUCAACGUGCAUUUGGACACGCUGAAGAAAGUGCGAAUUUUCCAGGGUUGCGAAGCUGGCUUGCUGAUUGAGUUGGUGCUCAAGCUGCAGCCACAAGUGUUCAGCCCUGGAGAUUACAUCUGCAAGAAGGGCGAUAUCGGCAGGGAGAUGUACAUCAUUAAGGAGGGGAAGCUGGCUGUGGUGGCGGACGACGGCAUCACGCAGUUCGUUGUGCUCAGCGAUGGUGCGUACUUCGGAGAAAUCAGUAUCUUAGGGAUCAAGGGAAGUAAAGCUGGGAACAGGAGAACGGCUAACAUCCGAAGCGUUGGCUACUCGGAUCUCUUCGCGCUGUCCAAAGACGACUUAGUGGAGUCUCUCACUGAGUACCCCGAAGCCAAAAAGGCUCUGGAGGAAAAAGGUAAAGCCAUCCUGAUGAAAGACAACCUGAUCGACGAGGCCAUCGCCAACGCCGGCGCCGAUCCCAAAGACAUGGAGGAGAAGAUCGAGAAACUGCAGACCAACUUGGAUUCAAUGCAGGGAAAGUUCGCCCAGUUGAUGGCAGAGUUUACCUCCACUCAAUCCAGGAUGAAGCAAAGGGUCACCCAGAUGGAGGCCAAGGUCAAAUCCAUACAACCCCAAGACUUGGCCGAGGUGGAGGCCGACAAGGACAAAAAGGUCCAGUAAUGUGAGAGAAUCCGGAGGACUUUACGGGAGACCAAGGGAUUUUUCAUGGAGGAUAGUUGAGAGGGACACUUUUUUCAAAAAAGGGACCAUAUUUAUAUCUAUUCAUACAUCUGUCUGUUUGUUAUCAUGCAUAAUUGUGUACAGUGUAUGCAGCAGUGUUGAGGAAAACUGUGACGGGAAUACUGAUCGUCAACAUUGUUUCCAAGACGGGAUGGCAUCGAUAUGAACAUGGAAUAUCGAGGAAAAGUCGAGACUAAAAUGCUUGUCCCCUUCUCUUCUCCUCUCUCACAGAGCUGUCCUUGUCCAGAAAAUCGUGCCACUAUCAUGCAUAACCUUGCAA